CUGGUCGAACUCGGUCGUCACCAUCACCAUCAAAAUUAACUUCGUUAUCAUUAUCAUCACAAAAAUUAACUUCGGUGUUGUCGUUACUACCAAAAUUAACUUCGUCAUCAUCAUCACUGCUAUCGCCACCAUCAAAAUUAACUUCGAUGUCACCGUUAUCGCCAUUACAAAAUACAGUGUUACAAGGAUCCGAUUAUUUUAUAUUAAUAUUAGUGUUCCGGAGAUAG